AUGAUUCUACUAGUUGCGCUUUCACAGUCCAGUUAUUCAUCGUCGUCAGAUGGACAGAAUGUUGAUGAUCGAACAUGUGACGUGGUGGACGGCAUGUCAUCAACUUCAGCAUCCUUGUUGAAUAGUAAUACUCUUGUCGGCUCAGUCCCUUCAUCCGAUAACAACACUUGUUUCAUAACCCAUCAGCAGCCAUCUAUCAAAUUAGAGCAGUCCUGUGUGGAUGAGCCUGUAUUGGAAAUGGACCCGGAAGAUAACUACUCGGAUAGUUUGUCCAUCCAUUCUGAUGGAUUCUUCAAUUUUGAUGCAAGCUCAGCUCUGCCGUUGAUGAACGAGUCGGUUAGUCUAAACGAACGUCGACGGGCGAUUCUCGAUCUUUCGAUCUCUAAAAUUCAGACGAUGAACACGUCGAACGUUGCAGUAUCGCUGCGCAAAUCACUUCUUAUCUACAAUAUGAUGAAAUCUCUGCAGCGAGAUCUUGAUGCAUAUGACGUUUUUGUGUGCGACAGUCUGACAGAGAGAGAAAAUGUAAUCGAUAAUGAUGUGGAAAUGCUGGAAACGAGUGAAUUUGAAGAGAAGAACUGGAAACAACCGAUCUCAGAUUUCAAUUGUAAUAUCAACAGCGAUAAUAAUCUAUGUAAUCAGCAUCUGGAUUAUGAUUGGCCAUGGGGUAGUCUCGUUAAUACAAGCAAAGAUCCGAUGCAGAGUUCGGAAAAAUGUGAUAGUGAUAACUUGUUUACCUUGACGAACAGCAACGACUUGUUUAGUGCGGGAAAUAUCUGGAGCAAUUCGGAUUCGACAGAUUCGUCUGCAUUCGUCGAUGAUUAUUUGGGAAUGUUGUGUGCUUGGGAAGAUGAGAAUUACAACCCGCUUACAAACUGCAAUCUUACGCGAGCGGAACUAAUGAAUAUGUUUCAUUUGCCUUCAUAUCAUUUGAACAACCAGUUGUUAAGAUCUCGUUCGAAGAAUCGGCGUUAG